AUGGCUUCAUCUUCUGUAAUCGUCUAUCAAGGUCUUCAAUCUUGCCUUGAGCCUGAUCAAGUUACGGAAUCCUUUGUCUUCCAGCAAAAAAACUUACCCAAAUCAUCAUCAGAACACCCACCUCAAGAGUUCAACAAUGGCGGAAGGAAAUGGAGUUUUCUUCAAGCUCUUGAAAACCCAUCAAUGGCGGUCAAGAAUCUUCAAGAUUCCAAUGAGGUUUAUGUUCAUCCAAUGGUGAAACGUUCAGCUUCUGCAUUGAGUACCAAGAGUUUGGAAAUGUGUACGGAGAGUUUGGGAAGUGAAACUGGGAGUGAUGUUAGUGAAAGUGGCGAUGAGUUUUGUUCGCUUUCUAUGGAGGAAAGAGAACGGGUUCGAGCGGUUCGGGUGUCGAAAUGUUACCGGAGUUUCGACCGGAAAGUACACAGAGGUGAGUUUCCGCCGCCGUUGACCUCCAUCAGCGGCAGCGAUGGUACGGUGAAGGUGAGGCAUCACCGGGAAGGUGGUCGGUUGGUCAUAAAAGCUGUUAGUGUUUCUAGCUGUGGUACUAACUUUAAAGCUGAACGUAUAAAUGGGAGAUUGAAGCUUUCGUUGUUAAAGGACUGUUCUGUAAAUAACGAAAGUGAAAGGGUUGAAUAUGAAAAUUACGAAACUGAAAGGAUUAACAAUGAAAAUUAUGAGGAAGGUGGUGAAGUGGAAUCACUAGAGGAUGAAUAUGUUCCUUCUGAUGAUGAUGACGACGUGGCGGUGACAGCGGUGGCAGAGGAGGAGGAGGAGGAGGAAGGGGAGGAGGACGGUGGCGGUGGCGGCUGGCGGUGGAAAGUUGGGCGCCCCACCGGAAAAGGGGAGUUGAAAAGGCUAACAAGGUGUAAGGAAGGUGGCAAUGGGAACAGAGUGUUUGCAAAUUGGCGUUCAUCUUGGGUGGCAAUUUCUUGA